AUGGAGGCUCACAUACAGCUAAAAGAUUUUCCAUGGUCUAGUGAAGUAAACACUACAUUAAAAGAUGUCUUUAAAUUAGAUAAAUUAAGACCAAUGCAGCUACAGACAAUAAAUGUGACUAUGUCAGGAAUAGAUUGUAUACUAUUAAUGGCCUCAGCUGGUGGAAAAAGUUUAUGUUUUCAACUUCCUGCUGUUUUAUCUGAAGGAAUAACUGUAGUUGUCUCCCCCUUGUUAUCUUUAAUGGAAGACCAAUUAACUGCCUUAAAAAAUUUAAAUAUUAACUCAGCAACAUUCAAUUCUUAUACAAAAUCAGCAGAUGCCAAAAAAAUUCUAACAUCCAUGACAGACCCUAAUUCAACACUAAAACUUUUAUAUGUCACACCUGAAAAACUCUUAAAAAGUCAAGGAUUUUUGAAGGAAUUAGAAAAAAUGUAUGAAAUGGGAAGAUUUAGUCGACUUGUUAUAGAUGAAGUACAUUGUUGUUCUCAAUGGGGUCAUGAUUUCCGUCCAGGUUUCAGAUAUUUAGGUAUUAUAAAGAAACAAUUUCCAACAGUACCUAUAUUAGGUUUAACAGCAACUGCUACCCUGAAAGUUUUAGAUGAUGUUAAAAAUAUCCUCAAUAUACCUCAUUGUCAGUUAUUACGGACCUCGUUUAAUAGACCUAAUUUAUAUUAUGAGGUUAAAUUAAAACCACCAACUAAACUUCAAACUAUGAAGGAAAUAACGAAGUUAAUUAAAAAUAAAUAUAACAAUCAAUGUGGUAUUGUUUAUUGUUUCACAAAGAAAGAUUCUGUAAAUGUUACUGUUGAUUUACAGAAGGCAGGUAUAGCAACAGGAUGUUAUAAUGCCAACUUAACAGCAGUUGAGAGAUCUCGGGUUUAUAAUCUUUGGACACAGGGUCAGAUCCAGGUUGUGGUAGCAACUAUAGCAUUUGGUAUGGGAAUAGAUAAACCUGAUGUAAGAUUUGUUAUACAUCAUUCUAUUAGUAAAUCUAUAGAGAAUCUAUAUCAAGAGAGUGGUCGAGCUGGUAGAGAUGGGAAGGCCUCAGAUUGUAUAUUAUAUUAUAGAUUAUCAGAUUUAUUACGUAUUGGACAGAUGGUAGAGGAUGAACAUCUUGGUGUAGGAAAUCUUCAUGAUAUAUUAAACUAUUGUUUAACCAAUGACAGGUGCAGAAGAUCAGUAUUUGCUGAAUAUUUUGGUGAAGAUUGGAAUCUUAAUGAUUGUCAUGAGAUGUGUGAUUAUUGUAGACCAUCUGAAGAAUACAAUACAGUACCAAUAGAUGUAACUCUACAUUGUUAUAACUUCUUACUACUAGUGUAUGAUACAAUGGUAUUAAAGUUACAAAUCACAUCGUUACAGUUAAUAGAUGCAUGGUUUGGUCGAGGUAAUCAUGCUCAUUUAGCAAAAGAUAUACACCCUAAAGGGUUAACCUUGGUAGAAGCGGAAAGGAUUAUUGGUUACAUGAUAUUAAAAGGAUAUCUUAGACUAAAGUAUCAUGAUUAUGAUAAGGUUCUUUUCAGUUGUUUUCUGCCAGGAAAGAAAGCCAAAGAAAUUCUGGAUGUAAACUCUAUUGUGUUAAACAUGCGAGUGAAAGGAGAAGAGAAACAAACAAACAUUACUAAACAGAAUUCCAUAAAAAAUGGCCAAACAUUACAGAACACACGUGCCAAAUUAGUUGAAGCAUUCAAUACUAAAAACAGUCAAAGGAAAAGAGAACAAAGGGAAAAAAUUUCAUGA